CUUAAAAUCUUUCAACUUGCAAACCUCUCUCUCUCUAGCUCUCUAUCUAUAUUUUUCUUUUCUGGGUUCGCAAUGGCUGAAAUACAAACAGCAUCAAAACGCCAGAGGGAAGACGUCGUAGAGGACUUAGGCGAAGCGUUUAAGCGCCAAAAGUCUUACCACGACAUACUCUCUCUCCUCGAAUCGGAAGAAGAGGAGCCAAACGAGGACUUAUCCUCUCUCAUCACCAACCUCCAACAAGAGCUCUCCAGCUCCGACAAUUCUUCUACCUUCGACCACCCACUUCUCCAAAUAGCGUCCGACCCAGAUAACCAAACGACAGCCUCUUCCACUGUCGUAGAAGAUUUCGCCUCUUCUUCUUCGUCGUCGUUUUCUUGUUUAUCGCCGGUUGUUCUGAAGGAAGACGAACAUGAGGAGGACAAGGAGAGAGUCAUGAGGCACCUUCUAGAAGCUUCCGACGACGAGCUCGGGAUUCCGAAUAGAUCAGACGACGUCGGAGUUGACGGAGAUGACGGGUUUAACGGCGGAGAUGGGUUUUCGUUGCCGGAGGGUCUUUGGGAGCUUGAAGAUGAAGCUGCUAAUUACUAUACUUUGUUGCAAUCCGAGCUUUUUAUGUAGUGGAGAGGGUUGAAAAUGCAAAAGAAGUACAUGGUAGGGGGUUUAGAUGAGAAAGUAAAAGGGUGUUGGGAGGUGGAUGUAGGACAAAUUGAAGAAAAAAUUUGACCUUUGGGAAUUUUCAGUUUGGUCCCUCUUCUGUAAAAAUUAGUAACUGGGGUCCCUUUCUAGAAAAUCAACUUGUAGAAGAAAAAUCUAUUCACAUUCCUUUCAUUUUCAUCCUCUUCAAGUCUUUUUUUUUUUUUGUGAGUCCUUUUAGUUUAGUUGGACACCCCUUGGCCCUUCCUCAGUUCCUCAUGUCGAAAGAUUAACACAGCUAUAACCAGAAAGAUUUAGACCAAUAAAUUUAAAAGGAACUCUAAUAGUAGGAUAA